GCUAAAAUCAGUGUUUUGAGAGCAUGGAGUCUGAAUCAAAAACUGGAUUUCUUGAAGCACAAAAUGAUCUAAGUUGUUAUUAAGAAGCUUUAUUGUGUGAGAUGAAUUAGACAGAAGAUUCUGUUGGAGGAAAUCCCAUCUAUAGUUCUCAGAUGCUCCACAUCCUCAGUGGCUUUUCCCCAUUCAUAUCUCUGGAGUGCUGAGUACCGGUGUCUCUGCACACACUCGAACAGCUGAGUAAAAUUAAGCCAUAUUUUUCAUUACAGCCAUGCUGCCAUGGUUGCUGUCAAGCUAAAAUUGAAGCAAUUUAGAAGCUAACUUUUGCAGACUGAGAAAUACCAAGACCACACACACAAAAAAGAAGUUUUGCAACUGAAGACCAAAGAGUAUAACAAAGAUAGUCGUUUUUUUUUGCUUAGGUAAGAAACAAAUAAAAGAAUCUUCUUCGACACCUGUUGAUGGUACAGCAGUUGGUUUUUAAUAUUCAGUAUACUGUGGCUAUCAAACUACACGUUCAUGUACAGUAUAUCUGAAUGGAUUUUGACAGAGCAUUUUCCAUCAAGCUGCAAUCUCCAUGGAAUUAUACCUGAAAAUAUGCUUUCUUUUGUCCCAGUCGUGGGGAGUGCAUGUUGACAGAGCCUUGCGUGUUAAGCCGUACUUCUGUGACUCGCUCUAGAAACCACUAGCCAGUAUCACAAAUAUCAUAUUGGAAUUGAUCCUGCCUUCAUCAGCACCAGCCUUCAUCUAGAACAGAGGCAGAGCUGUGCAGUUAUUACUAUGCAGUUUGGAUUCUUUUUGGUGGUGAUCAUUUUAAACUCCAUGGAUUACACCGGCAGCCAUGUCUUGAAGGGAAGGAGGCAAAGGCGAAUAAGCACGGAGGUAACUCCAGUUUGUCCAAAAGGGUGUGAGCUAUGUUCGGAGUACAAUGGAUGUUUAAAGUGUUUGCCUAAAUUGUUCAUCCUUCUGGAAAGGAAUGACAUUAGACAGAUUGGCAUUUGCUUGCCAUCAUGCCCACCUGGACACUUUGGCGUUCGGACGCCAGAAAUGAACAAAUGUACCAAAUGCAAAAUUGAGAACUGUGAGGCCUGCUUUAGCAGAAACUUUUGUACUAAGUGUAAAGAAAAACUGUACCUGCAUCGAGGGAAAUGUUAUGACAGCUGUCCAGAGGGGUUUGCAGCCAUAAAUGGCACCAUGGAGUGUAGCCAUGCUGCUCCCUGUGAACUGAGUGAGUGGAGCGUCUGGGGUCCAUGUACCAAACGAGAGAAGUUAUGUGGUUUCAAAAGGGGCACUGAAACAAGGACCAGGCAAGUGCUUCAAAAGCCUGCGUCAGAAGAUGUAACAUGCCCCCCAGUCAGAGAGAGCAGAAGUUGCACAGUGCAGCGAAAGCCUUGCUCAAAUGGACAAGGGAAAGGCAACAGAAGAAAAGACAAACAGAAAGCGGGGAAGAAAGGCAAGGCGCGGAACAAAGAAGGUGGUAACAGGCAAAGCAAGAAGGACAGCAAGCCCGGGAAUAAGAAAAAGAAAGGGCAGCAGAGGAAGACACAUCCUACAACAACCCCCAGCACCAGUCAAUAACAGCCUUACUUCAACGCAGACACUUUAAUGCUGAUGCAUAUAAGUCAGCUUUCUGACCCAAAGCACUGCUGCAGAGAGAAAUAACUACAAGGCUCUUGCUUCCCUAACCGUUUCAGAAAAGAAGUGACAUUUUUAUUUUGAGGACUUAAAUAUUGCAACCCCAUUGCACCUGGCUUCAGUGUAUAUCUGAAAAUGGAAUGAAAUGGGAAUUAAAUAGUUCAGUGGACGCAAUCUUUCAGAGGACUGUGUUAGGAACUUUCGUCGAAACAAUGACUGAAUAUUGUAGAGCAAACCUGCUGCAAAACUAAUGGAAACAAUUGUUCUGGGGAGGGUUGAAAUGACUUUGACAUAAUGGCUUCUGGAAAUGUGCAAAGAUUUCUGCACCAAUUUUGGGCAGUUGGUCACUGCGUUGAAUGAAAGAUGUAAACCUAAUUUCCUGACAGAAUGUUAGAACGAUGCAUCAUUAAACUGCUUUAAAAUAUAUUUCAAAUUAAAAUAAGGCAAUAAAACAUAUAACAAUUUGAAAAUGAUUAAUUAUCUUAAUAGUUACUUUAAAGUGGUUCCUGUUUAAUGCUUAGCCUCCAUUUUGUGAUUUGAUCUUCCUAUCUUCAUUUGAGAUUCCCUCCAGCAGUAAUUUGCAUGGUCUGGCACCUGAUAUAAAGCUAUCAAUACACGAGCAACUGACCCAGAACUCUAUGCUGAAACAAAUGUUAAACUGACUGUUGAUUAUUUCAAUGUUCCCCUGAAGGCCACCCAUCCACUAGUCUCAAUAAACCUCUAAGACAAAAUUAAAGAGACCAGAAUUAGAGGAAUGAAAACACCUUAGAGUGUUGUAGGGCUGGAGGAAGCACAGUGAUGGAGAACAAUUUGGUCAGUGAAAGAUUUCAUCACAAAGAAAACUUUAAAAUCAAUGCAUUGCUUAACUUGGAGGAGAUACAAGUCAACAAACGUAGGGGUAAUGAUUACAUAAGGCUUGGUAUGGGAUGGGAUAAACCAGCUCUGUGGCACAGCUAGUAGAGCUAUUACUUCCCAGCAUCAGAGACCUGAGUUCAAUCCCUGACCUCAGCUCCUAUUUGUGUCGAGUUUGCACAUUCUCUCUAUGACCGUAUGAAUUUCCGCUGGAUGCUCGGUUUCCUCGAAGUUGUACAGUUUUGUAGGUUAAUUGGCCAGUGUCAAUUGUUCCUAGUAGAUGAAUGGUAAAAUCUGGGGGUAGUUUGAUGAAUAUGAGGGGAGAAUAAAAAAUGGGAUCUGUGCAGUAUUAGUGGAAGUGGGUGGUUGAUGGUCAGUGCAGACUUAGUGGACUGCAGAGCCUUUUCCACACUGUGUAACUAUGACAAACAGUUUCAGAGGAUCUCAUAUUUAUGAACAGCAAAAAAUAGAAGACUGGAGAAGUGAACAUUGGAAUAUUUGUGUCUAGAGUUACCAAAUAGAUGGAAAAAAGAUUGAGCAUCAGAUGAGCUGAGGGAACAUUCAGAAUCAGGCAAAGCUAUGGAGAAAAAAGAUAUCAGUUUUCAUGAUGGCGCAGUUAAUUGAUCUAAAGCUGAUUUGGGGGCCAAAUAUGCCAUGGAUUU